CUCUGCCCUUCUAUCUUUCAAUCUCAUUCUCUGUAACAUGAACUUGAACUUGUUUGCGUUUGUGGUUUCAAACUUCCUGUCCAACAGCCUAAGUUAGAAUCUAAAAGUAGUCUUUUACCAUUCAAUGCUAUUACAUCUUCAAUAGAUUAAUCAGGACAGUCGUGUCUAAUUACCAGAGCCACUACGUGAUCAGAAAUGCAGGUUCCUCUUCUGAUCUUAGACACUCUGGAUGAGCUGGGUGCUGACGAGUUCAAGAGGUUUCGGUGGAAUCUCACUCAGCCUGUGCUGGACGGAUGUCAGCCCAUUCGUAAGGGCCAUCUAGAGAAUGCCGACCGACAGGACACCGUCAGUAAGAUGAUAGACAGCUACGGUGAAGAAACAGCUGUGAAGGUGGCUGUUGAAAUCCUGAAGAGGAUGAAUCACAACAACGCUGCGGAGAAGUUGAAGAAAACAUAUCCAGGUGGAUCGACAGCUGCACAAACCCCCUCUCCUACACCUCCCUCCUCCUCCUCCUCCUCAUCUUCCUCGGGUUUGACCGCUGCAGAUGGUGCCACAGUUUGUGCCCAGGGUAGAAGUGUCAUCGUGGCACCCAACAUCACAGGCACCAGCUCUGGUGUAUCAAUUAAUAUGAACAUAAAUAACUGAUUCUGUUUUUGAUGUUAAAUGGUUUUACACCUCAUUAAAAUGUUUGUAAAACAUA